UCUCUCCUCAAAUCAAACCAAUUGUUAUUCUGGUAAAAUUAGUUAAUUGUUUGGUGAACGAAGAUAAAUUAUUCACUGAUUGAUACUUUUGAUUGGAAGAUGGAACGUGUUAAAUUGUCUCUUUAAUUGUCUUUUACUAUUCAACAUGGAGGAGAAAAGAUUUAUGUUUAUAUGUACCAGUAAACCAGAAAAUUGUCAAUUCUUGUCAUCUUUACAUUGAGCUGAAUCUAAUUUUAUCAACUCAAAGUGAGUCUGUAUGUUAACAACAAACAUCAAUUUAUAUCAACAAGUUAUUUUCUUACUCACCUUUACUAUAAAUUGUUACAAUCAAGCCAACCAGUUAAACUUGUUGUCUUAUUGACUUCAUGUGUUUACCCGUCAACACAUUUAAACAAUUGUAUUCAUCUAAUGUUUUUCGCUUGUUAAUGUUAUAUUCAAAUGGAUACGUGUUGCUAUUUUUUAUCAACAAUUUGGUGACAUUUUAUUGAUUCUAAUUCCAUAUUGUGAUUAAUCAGUUGAAAUUUAUGAUACAAAUUCAAUUGUAUUCAAUUCUAACGACUAAAUUAUUCUCAUUGUUUUCAAGUUUGUCAUUUAUCCUUCUUGUUUCUUCAUGUUUUCACACCAAUUAUACUCACCUUUUUGUUAUUGUGUUAAUUAAUCUUCAUAAAAUUUACAAAUCAUCAUCAACUUUAAUCAACCAUAUAAUCUAAUCAUGGGCAAUUUUUCACUCUGGUCACUUGUUAAUAUUAUAAGAAUCAUAGCAACUAAUACAGUAUCUAAUGAUCCAGUUGGAGCUGUUAAUUGGGAUCCAAAACAGUGGCAUCAUCAAUUAAAAUACAUGGAAUCAAAUGAAUUAUAUUCAAUCGCCAGUGAUUCACCAACAGCUCAUGAUUACUUUAAUUACACACUGAAUCAAAUAAUGAUUCCUCGAGUUUCCGGAACAGAAGGAAACAGAAAAGUCCGAGAGUUCAUUGAAUCUUCGAUGCGAGAUCUUGGUUGGACAGUUGAAGAAGAUUCUUUCAUGUCCAAUACACCUCAUGGAUCUAAACCAUUUGUUAAUAUAAUUGCGACAUUAAAUCCAUCGGCGUGUCGUCGAUUAAUGUUUGCCUGUCACUAUGAUUCUAAACUUUUUCCUGGUCGGCAAUUCGUUGGUGCCACUGAUUCAGCGGUUCCAUGUGCAAUGAUGAUUGAAAUUGCUCGACAUUUUUCAACGAGUUUAAUUAAACACAAACAGGAACAUAAUGAUUUGACGCUUCAGUUUGUCUUCUUUGACGGUGAAGAAGCAUUCGAACAAUGGACUGACACAGAUUCUCUUUAUGGCUCUCGACAUUUAGCUGCUAAAUGGAACAAGUUAAGAUUCCCUAAGAAUCAAGCCGAUCGUCAGAGAUGCCCGGGUGACUUUGCUUCUGAAUUAGAUCGUAUUGAUGUAAUGGUUUUACUUGAUCUUCUCGGCUCAGCUAAUCCAACAUUUUACAGCUAUUUCCCCGAUACUAAUCCUCUUUAUGCCAAAAUACUUCGUGCAGAACAACAAUUGAAUGAUUUAUCUUUGCUACAACCUGAACCACCAAAAACAACUACAAGCUAUUUCAAGAACCGUCUGAGUUUCGGAGGAGUCGAUGAUGAUCAUAAACCUUUCGCCGCUCGAGGAGUUCCCAUUGUUCAUAUAAUUCCGAUGCCUUUUCCCUCCGUAUGGCACAAAUUAUCCGAUAACCAUGAAUCUCUUUCUCAUUCAGCAAUCAACAAUCUAUUUAAAAUAUUCAAAGUUUUCAUUGCUUCUUAUUUACAUUUGACCAUUUAAUUGACUUCCAUCUCAUGACUUGAUCACCAACGAUUGAUAAUCAACAACUACAACAAAACGUAAAUGUAAUUGAAUAUAUUUUUCUAACCAUUCCAAAGUCAUUGUAAUCGAAAUCAACAAAUAUUUUCAAUAAUUUGUUAUAAAUCAAUUUACGUUAAUCAGUUAAA